CGAGAAGCAGGCCGCUGGGUGGAGUGAGUGGUGCGUACACCCGACUCGUGUCCUACCUAUUACCUCGUAGGUACGGAGCACUAGACUUGGGGUGACGUGCCGCGUUGAAGGCGGUCCAAGUGCUAUCUGGACCUCGUUGGCUGCUUGAUCGACCUCCUUGGUGGAAGACCUGUCUUUGUACAACAUAGGCGCAAGGUGAAGCUAGCAGCCCCCUUCUUUGAAUGUGUCCUGCUCCUAAGCCCGGCCUGACUUGUCAGCUCCAGGGAACGGCCGUGCCUGCGCCUGCGCUUCCCAAACAACAAACAGUUCUAUAUCAGUGCCCAACCUACGGUAUAGCCUGGAGGCGUCCAGAUGUUCAAAGAACGCAUCUGUGUCCGCAGCUGGUUGAUCAUCACUCGUAUCUGCCUUGACGCGCUGAUUCACUGAGUCGCCCUCACCGAACUUGUCACCCUACGUCGUCCUUGAAGUUGCUGUCAACCCGCUGACGAUGAUUGAGGCCUUCGAUUUCGAGACCACCUUCGGCAGCAUCAACCCUGGCUGUUCAUAAUAGCCCCUGGCAGCAAGACAAGAGACAUACAACUACGAGUAUCGUGUCAACACGAAGCCUUGUGGCCGUGAAGCCUACGGGCUGCUAAAGGACUGCGGUUGUCUGUGCGUGUUGCAAGUCCACCACAUUCCUGCUGCAAACGGAACAUUCGUCCCCGGGCAAUCAACAACGAGGCCGCAGUGAGCUGGCAUUACCGGCCAGAUGGCUACAGCCGCUUCCCAGCAGUCGCCAUCCAUGGUGCGGCGGAAUUCCUCCAACCGCAAUACUUCAGGAUCUUAUGCCCCAGUCUCGCCCUCGCAACCUUCGAGAACGCGCUCGACCACCCAUAGACCAACCCAUAGUCGAUCAGCAUCACGCUCAUACGAGACCCCUCCGCCUGCCAACCCUGCGGCACUUGCGAAUGUUGCCCGCCGAGACUUCGAACAGAGCAACAUGGCACGAACUCCCUCCUCACGCCGGAGUUCCCGUGAAGGUCGAGGGGAGUACGAAGCAGAUUCAUCGUCACAUGGGAGGACGUCUUCCCGUCCAGGGUCGCGACGCAACAGUCAAGAUUUGACCGCUCCUACGACAGUCCUAGCAAACGGAGCAUCCUCUCAGCCUCCACCUCCGCCAACUCCUCCGACGCAGAGCGAGAGACAUGCCGCGCAAAUAUACCCCACUGUCGGCCGUAGGCGGACAUCAAUCACAGCGCAGACGGGUACCUGGACGUUAGGAAAGACAAUUGGCCAAGGCAGCAUGGGAAAGGUCAAGCUUGCUAAGAACGUCGAGACGGGAGAGACAGCAGCAAUCAAGAUUGUCCCCAGGCAAACAAUCGACGACCAUGGAAACGCAAAGGACGAGCGGGCGGACCGAUCCAAAGAGAUUCGAACCGCAAGGGAGGCCGCCAUGGUGUCUCUGCUUUGCCACCCUUACAUCUGUGGCAUGAUCGAUGUGCAGCGGACAAAUUACCACUGGUAUAUGCUGUUCGAAUAUGUCAAUGGUGGGCAAAUGCUCGAUUAUAUUAUCGCACAUGGAAGGCUCAAGGAAAAGCAAGCCCGGAAGUUUGCUCGUCAAAUUGCCAGUGCUCUGGACUACUGUCACCGGAACAGCAUAGUCCACCGAGAUUUGAAGAUUGAAAACAUCCUUAUCAGCAAGACAGGCAACAUCAAGAUUAUUGAUUUCGGGCUGAGCAACCUCUACUCGCCCCGCUCUUUGCUAAAAACCUUUUGCGGAAGUUUGUAUUUCGCUGCUCCGGAGUUGCUGCAAGCUCGUCAGUACACCGGUCCCGAGGUGGAUGUAUGGAGUUUUGGGAUUGUUCUCUACGUUCUGGUCUGCGGCAAGGUCCCUUUUGACGACCAAAGCAUGCCUCAAUUGCAUGCCAAAAUCAAACGAGGAGUGGUUGACUAUCCUCAAUGGUUGACAGCUGAAUGCAAGAGCAUCAUAUCGCGAAUGCUUGUUGUCGACCCUCGGGAGCGAGCUAGUCUACAGGAAAUUAUGAAUCAUACUUGGAUGACAAAGGGCUUUAAUGGUCCUCCUGAUAACUACCUUCCCCACAGAGAGCCGCUCCAGUUGCCUCUGGAUCCCGAAGUCAUUGACAAAAUGCAAGGCUUCGACUUUGGCUCUUCGGCUUACAUUACAGAGCAAUUGACCCGCAUUAUUGAAUCCGAGGAUUACCAGAACGCCAUCCGCAGAUCCACCAAAGAAGAGUUCGGCCAUGCGUCGAGCAACACGGAGAAGAAACGCGGAGUGUUCGACUUCUACAGGCGAAGGAAUUCCAUAAGCCGAGAAGGUCUAACAACUCCUUCCACCGAAGCAGUCCGCGGAAAUGACCCUCUCAAUGCCUAUAGUCCACUCAUAUCAAUUUAUUACUUGGCGCGAGAGAAGCGCGACAGGGAACGGAAUCAGCAGAACCCGGGUGCCUUGGCCAUGCCCAUAACCCCAAGCGACGCGCCGCUCAAACUCCCUGGCCUACCUCCACCGGAGGCAGCCCAUACAAACACAUUUGCACCGGAAAUGCCGGGCGAAAAGGCCACAGGAGGCAGGGCGAGGCCACGUGCUCGGACCAACGGUGAAGAUGAUGUGGUGCAUGCUAUGAAGCAGCUUGAUCUUCCUGAAAGAAAGCCUGGCCCCAGUGCGACUUCACCAACGGCUAUUCCACCUCCUGACCAACCGGUCAAAAGAGAAGGAACCGCCAUUGGCCUCCUUCGGAGAUUCAGCACCCGACGUUAUCGUGAACGAGAGCCAGAACGUCCACAACCGCCUCCUGCUCUCAACAUUCAGCCACCCCAAGAUUCGACUGCGGCGCCCCGAAAAUCCUUCUCUGUUCGACGGGCUAGGCGUAGAGAUCCCAGUCCGACCACCCAUCAUGCAGGGGGAAGCCAGCCCCAACACGAAGGUCUUCUCAGUGCCAGUGGAGGAGUGUCCAAAGCUGGAAAGUUCUUGGGUCGGUCGACCAGCGUUAAUUCAGCGGACUACCGGCCACGCCGGCUGCUGCAGCGUGGCGCCUCUGGCAAUGACUCUCCAUCACUUGCGCCUGAGCCACCGCCAACAAGCGGGUCGGACCAAUCCAGCGUGAAUGCGGGUAAAGGCGGUCGCGGUGUUGAGCUCAGCGACAAGCCUGCUCCGAAUGCCAGCCCCGUUGUGGCCCCACGGACACCCACGACUAGCCGAACCAAGUCUCUUGGGCACGCCCGACAGGAGAGCAUUCAAGCUCGGCGGCGUCGCCAUGAGGAACGUCGAGACCGACAAGCCAAUGUUCCAGAGGAGACGGAUGCGGACAUGCGAGACGAGGCGGACACCAUGGACAGUGCGGCACUUCCCGAUACGCCCAGCACAGAAAUCUCCAAGCCAGCCUCUCUGAAAGGUUUGUUUUCGACUGCCACCACCAGUAGCAAGCCUCCAGAGUUCAUCAGACAUGAUAUCAUCCGAGUCCUAAACCAGCUUGGGGUUCAGUACACGGUGAUUAAAGGAGGAUUCUCCUGUAGACAUGCGCCCAGCAUCAAUCUGGAGGGAAUCAAGGAGCCCAGCGCAGGCUUGGACGACGAGAAAAGUGCCCGCGGCCCGUUAGGCCAUCAGAGACGAAUCUCAUUUGGUGGUGCAUUCCGAGGAAAGGACCGAGAGGAGGUUCAAGACGAUCGGCCUAGUCGACAUCAUACAAGAAGGAGACAUCCCGAUCAGAGUUUCGUGACGAACUCCGAAGGGUCGGAAGAAGACAUCCAACAAGCACGCCACGGCGAGCAGUCUCAUGACGGAGCGGCAACACGAACACGAGUACAAGACGAUCCUGGUGCACGUCUUGUGUUGAAAUUUGAGAUCAAUAUCGUGAAGAUUCCUCUUCUUUCACUUCACGGUAUCCAGUUCAAGAAGGUGCAAGGUGGAAUGAACCAAUAUCGAUCCAUGACAUCGGCGAUUCUCAACUCACUGAGACUAUGAUGUGGACUGAAUGAACAAUCGGCGUUUAUUGUAUUCGCAGGGUUUUUGGAAUGGAUCAAGGUGCUACUAGGAGGCCCUUCAGGUUGCUCAUGGAUUGAAGGCACUACUGAGCACGGCCAUGACCAUAUGGAUCAGUGUAGUGUACUGGGCUGUGAAUUGCUAGUUGUUUAUGGUUCCUGACUUAAUGUUCACAUCUGUACUGUGCUGUGCUUGUAGGGUGUAAUGAGCCAUGCCAACCAUUAUUUCGUGCCCC